GCAAAUUGACCUGCUGUUGGAACCCCUAUUGUAGACACUGCGUCUACGCAGCGGAUAUGAAGGUGACGCAGAAAAGCUUCAACUUUGCCCGGAAGUUCAAUUUGCCCUUUUACUUUGUGUCUGCUGCAGAUGGCACCAACGUAGUGAAGCUCUUCAACGAUGCUAUCAAACUGGCAGUUGCUUACAAACAGAAUUCCGGCGAUUUCAUGGAUGAGGUCAUGCGAGAGCUGGAGAGCUUUGACCUGCAGAAGAAGAGUGAGGACUUGUUGGAAGAGGAGGAGAGCUGCCCUGAGGAGAAGCCCCCAUCUGCCUAAAGCCUUGGAUCCCGAGUUUGUUGUUUCCCAUUUCCCUGGAUUUCUGGGGUUAGUUAGAGCUGGCCUUCACAGAGGAAAGUGAUUUUCUCAUGCACUCAGUACUCUGGUGGUGGACAGCUGGGCCUUUCCCCUUCCUGUGAGUGACUGUCUGGGCAUGGCCUUCCUUGACUGGGCCCUAACCCCCUGCCACACCGUGGUCGAGGAGAAGGCAAGAACAUCCACGUGGUUGCUGGCUGCUGCAUGUUCCUUAGAGGCUGAGCUUGCUGGGAGAGCUGAGCCACUCUUGGAUCUGCAGGGAAGGGUCCUGCCCAGAUGCUUUAAUAGUACUUACUGGAGAAAACAAACACUAAAGAGGUUUUUAUAGAG